GAAAGAAGAAGGCCGACAGAUAAUUUCGGUCGAACGGUUCGCCCUCUGGACUCUUUAUCUGGGAAUUAGCGCCAUCGGACGUUUACGAAACGAAAUUCUUCCCUCGAUAAAUAACGUUGGCCCGGACUCCGAUUGUCGGCCUUUUCUUUUGGAAAACCGUCGUCCCGGACAAUAGGAGAUUCCGCCCUUUCCCCGGGCGACCGUCGGUCCCGGUGUUUCGUCUCGGCGCGUUUUGCCCGUCGAUCGACCUCCCGAUAAAUUUCUACUUAACUCGGAAGCAAAUUACUGGAAGCGGAGUGGCAAUCCUCGCCAAUGACGCGCUCGAAUCCUUCUCCAUUGGUCGAAGGACUCGGAUACGUCACUCGAGAGCAAAAUUCGUAAAUGUCCGACUCUCGGACGGUUUGUUUAACGAAAAUAGUGCAAAGAUCGCCUUUACUUAUCGACUAGAAGCAACGGGAUCGAAGACCUUCGUCCUACGUCGUUAGUGUCGAGGAACAAGGGCUAUCCGGGAACAAGCGGAUAUGGAAGACGGUGAAAUGGAAGACGGGCCAAAGAAAGACCAGGCUAAAAGAAAAUGCGAAAAGACGAUGUGUCGACUUCCGUCCGGAAUCAACCUCCCUCUCGUGCCUCUUAAGAUCGUCAACUUUUGCUGGCACGGAGCCUACGCCAGCCUAAUGCCUUAUUUAACGGUUUACAUGAAAAGUCUGGGUUUAAACGUUCAAGAAACGGGUAUCAUCUACACCAUCCUCCCCAUCUCGGAAGUGGUGGCGCCGGUGGUGGGUGGCGCCAUCGCCGACAAAACCGGGAAGUACAAAGCCGUAUAUAUGACUUCGUUACUCAUGUGCGCGGUUUUCUGCGCCUGCUUUCAUUUCAUCCCCCAUAUACCGAAUAGCUGCCGACCCACCCGAGUCGACGUCGCGUGCUCUGGUUCUCGAUAUAUCGCUUCUUUUUCCGCCAAUUCUUCCGCCAUUUACCUUAAAGAUCUAGAAUUAGAACUGGGCGACUGUCGACUUCGGUGUUCUAAACAUUUUAUCGAAGAUUAUCGGCACUUUUGCCACGACCGAGACGCCUGUUUCCCCGAGUUAACGGCGGGAAUAGAACAUUACAUUAGCCUUAGGGGAUCGGUCGAUUCGAAUCGCAGUCUUAACGUCAGCACGAUUAGAGUCGUCGAUCGCGUUUACCACCAUCCCACUUGCGACUGGGAUUCCGAAACUAAAGACUACCAAUGCUCCAUGAAAUGCGUGGCUACUAAAGUCAAUAACGUAAGCGUUUCUUGCGGACCCGAGGCAAAGUUCCGCUAUUUAACCGUAGGGCUUUGUCUAAUCGUCAACGUGGGUCUGGGUUUUUGCUCCGCUCUGUGCUUCAGCAUGCUGGACGCCACCAUAUUCGUUUUGGUGACGAAACACAAUAGUUAUUUCGGAAGACAGAGACUUUGGGCCAGCUUGGGCCAGGCGAUUUUUUCUCCUCUGACGGGUUACGUGGUAGACUUAUUGAGCGAAGGAUGGGGCUAUACCGAUUACUCCAUCGCCUUUCACGUAUUCAUCGGCAUGAUCGCCUUGGAAGCCUUGGCCAUGUGUUCGUUAAACGUCACGGCACCGGCCAGACCCAAACAUUUUUUUAAGAACCUGGUCCGACUUCUGUCUUCCCCAAAAAUAUGCGUAUUUUUCGUGGCGGUGUUUUUCCUGGGGACCAGUUGGGGGUUCUUGGAAUCGUUUCUGUUUUGGUUCCUUUUAGAUUUAAAAAGUCCGAAUUAUCUGUUGGGUCUGACCAUAACGGUAGCUGCCGUAUGUUCCGCCCCCUUUUUGUACACGUCCGAAUGGUUUUUACGCAAACUGGGUCACAUAAAUCUCAUGUUGGUGGCGUUUUUCUUUUACUUCGUCCGUUACUUCGGCUACUCGUUCAUUACCGAUCCCUGGUGGUGUCUACUCUUCGAAGUGAUGGAGGCUUCCACCUAUCACAUGUUAUGGGUGACCAUCGCCACCUACAGCGGAAUAUUGGCUCCGGAAGGGUUGCUGGCCACCAUCGAAGGAUGCGCCGGAGCACUACAUUUCGGAAUAGGUCGGGGUGCGGGCAGUUUUCUAGGAGGAAUGUUGAUAGACGUUGUGGGAAUAAGGACCUCGUUUCGGAUAGUGGGAAGCGCUUCCGGUCUGAUCGGAGUAUCGUACGCCGUCUUUCACUAUUACACGAGUAGAAAAGAAAGAAAAAAGCCAAUCGAGACGAGGCCAUCCGUCAACGGAAACGUCGAUCAUCAGAUGCAAAACCUGGGCAAGACGGAAUUCAAAUCCGCUAAUUCAUCGUUAAGCAAAGACUCUACGGGUGUAAAAACCAACGCGUGUCCCGUUUAAACUAUUAAUUAAAUCGAUUUUCAUUUGUAUAAUUCCCAAAGACGCCGACUUAUAAUAAAAUUUACAAUUUCUCA